AUGGUCAAGCUGAAAUGUCUCACCAUGAGCAAGCUGAGAGUGCCCAACCCAGGGCUGGAGCUGAGAAUACCUUCCCAUGAGGAACUGGAAAACAUCGAGGCAAGGGAGGCAGACACAAGACCCAAAUGGGACAACAAAGCACAGUACAUGCUCACCUGCAUUGGAUUCUGUGUGGGCCUGGGCAAUAUAGUUUGUGUGAUCAGCUCAGACAAUGGCUCUGGUUGUGGAGAAGGAGAGUAUGAAGGAUCUGGAACAGAAGUUCACAGAAAACAUUCCAAGUGUGGAGUUUGCAAAUAUAGAGCUGAGUGUGAUGAAGAUGCAGAAAAUGUUGGAUGUGUGUGCAACAUAGACUGUAGCGGAUACAGUUUUAACCCUGUUUGUGCAUCUGAUGGAAGUUCCUACAACAACCCCUGCUUUGUUCGAGAAGCAUCUUGUCUGAGACAGGAACAGAUUGAUAUCAGACACCUUGGCCAUUGCUCAGAAUCUGAUGACACAGGCUCAUUGGGGAAGAAGGAUGAAGGCAUGCAGUAUCGGCCAGAUGUGAAAGAUGCCAGUGAUCAAAGAGAAGACAUCUAUAUUGGAAACCACAUUCCUUGCUCUGAAAGCUUCAAUGGCUAUUGCAUCCAUGGGAAAUGUGAAUUCAUUUAUUCUACCCAGAAAGCUUCCUGCCGGUGUGAAUCUGGAUACACAGGACCACAUUGUGACAAGGCGGACUUUAGCAUACUUUAUGUUGUCCCUAGUCGGCAAAAGCUGACACAUGUCCUCAUUGCUGCAAUUAUUGGAGCUGUCCAAAUUGCCAUCAUUGUUGCCAUUGUAAUGUGCAUAACCCGGAAAUGCCCCAAAAACAACAGAGGACGACGUCAGAAGCAAAAUUUAGGCCACUUUACUUCAGACACGUCAUCCAGGAUGGUUUAGCAUGAUUUUUAUACCCACAUUGACCAUGUGAUGUACAAUUUUAUUGUCUUUUUUCCAAAAAUAAUGGAAAUAUUUAUUUCAGAGGCCUUAUUUUUUGGACUUUUUAAAGUGUAGCUGUGCUUUUGUUUUAUUCCAAAAGCAGCUGAAGCUGUGGACAGCUCUAGUAAUUUCUCAUUUUACAAUUUGGAGGAUACAGUAGUUUCAUUUUCCUAUACUGGUAUCACAUGGUUAUAACAGACUCAUGGUUUACACAUGGAAUGUAAUUUUUUUGGAGAACAGAGACAUUUCACUAGUGGUUGUAAAACAAACAAAUGGAGCCGGUCAUGUUUCCAAGUGAACCAGGCAUGACCAAAGGGCUAACGAUGUUUACAGCCUACUUUUCUUACAAGGAACUAGAAGACACUGUGUUUAAAUACCGUAGAUAUUUAAAUGUUUUUGGAAGUUAGUAAAUAAUUUUUUAGAUGCUGCCAAUUGCAUGAAUUGUGAAGAUGUGUACUUGUACGUAGCUGUAACAUAUUUAUGACAUGUACCGACUGGGUCAAAGCACCACUGUCGUCAUAAAUAUUUGACACUUUAUUUUUAAAUUGUAAAAAAAAUGAUAAUAAUAUACAUUUCAUAAUUGGAAAGAUUGCCCAGUAAAGCAGAGGCCAUUUGUGCUACACAAACAGGUCUUAGUUAGACUUGUGUGCUGCUUUUUUUU